AUGAAUGUCAAUGAAAAUUUAGGUAUCAAAUUGGAUUCAUUACAAGAACCCCUUGGCGAUGCCUCUCAAGGAGUCCUAUUGGCAUCAUCUGACGAUUCGCUGUCUUGCAAACUUUCGAGCGCCGAUCCUAUUGAAGAUCAAAAUCCACGGAAAGCCCCUGUUUCGCCCAACUUGUGCACAUCAUCGGCCUUUGAAGAUUUGCAUGAUGAAAAUCUUUAUAGAGCGAUCGUUUUUCAAUUGGAUGAUUCCAACAACUGGACGCAGAUUGGAAUAGGAAAACUGGGAGAAAAUAUCAUCUCCGUAAGAAGCGAGGAGGAUCACGAGGUGUUCUAUUCAACCAUCAUCGGAAUGGAUAUUGUUUACCGACAAGAAAACGGGCCAAAAUCACGGCGCUACAAAUGGCAAAUAAUCCGGACACUGCAGAUUCAGACAAAUCCUUUUCAGGUAACCGAUGCGCCUCAUCAAGUAGAUGUUGAGAACGUUCCAAUUUCUCAAUUUGAGCUUCCAUCUCCAAAUUUAGGCUCACUUGACGAAAUUUUAAAUUUAAUUGAACAGGCGCUUUGUCCAACCUCGUCUUGGGUAUACCGGUCUUGGCUCACUAGAACCCUGUCAUCCAAUUUUUUAGAUGCCGGCUCGCCUUCAUCGGGCUCAACUCGGCACCAAUUGGCAGCACAAAAGUCUGCACAUCAAAGGGGAGAAGGGGGCUCCUCCAUAUUCUCUGACGUGGGACACCCCACCGCAAAGCUUGAUUCCGUGGUGAAAAGAACGUUCAGAGCUCAAUUUAUCAGGGACACGAUUUUGUGUGGCAAAUAUUUUUCCGAAGAAACAUAUUCGAUAUUAAACAGAUCCAUUCAGGAGUCGUAUGAAGAAAUCUUCACCGCUCUUCUGGAGGACUCUGAUCUGAUAACCAUAAUGGUUCUUGCCAAUACGGGAAAGGAGCAUCUACUUUAUCGCUUGCUAUCGAUCUCGGAUCUUCUGUUGUUUAUUGAUGCACAGCUGCUUUGCCGCGAAAGUGCUGACAAUGCUACUUUUGGCCAUUGUAUUUUAGAAAUCUUCCAAAGAGUCUACAAUUUCUAUCCUUCACAAUCAAGAGAAUAUGUCGUAAAGGGCGGCGGUAAUAGCGGUGGCAAAAGCUCAACGACGGUUCCCAUUCUUUCGUCUAUCGUAACGAUAUUGGUAAGCACGAACGAUCUUGGGCUACAAUGGACAUCCUAUCAAUGCCUAAAAACUAUCCUUGGCUCUUCAGCGCCAGAACUGAUCGAAUAUGACGAGUUUCUUUCAAAAAUUUAUUCUUCAACUCUUUUUUCGCAUCUUUUUGAACCACUGUGCACUUCGUGUGGCGAUAAAGCAUCCGAGCUACACUUCAUUUUAUUGCAGCUUUUAAGCUUGCUGGUGUCCACCCAGGGGUACAGGUUCAAGUACUUGCUGCUAAACUCGGCAAUACUAAACGAAGGCGUUUCAAAAUAUCUGAUGGUUCGAGGCGAUGCCACCAUUGAAAACAAGAAGGCUCUAUUGGGAGCCCUUUCCAUUCUCCGGCAAAUGGUGGGGCUUGGCGAUGAAUUCUACAAUAGAUUGCUUGUCAAAUUUGGGAGGUCCCUUUUGGACCCCCUUGUCGACAUAUUGGAAUUGUUGUCAAAGAAAAACGAUUUGCUGUGCUCCACGCUCAUCGAUUUAUUCGAUGAAAUGGGAUGCAGAACCGAUAAUCUGUUUUUGCAAUCCUACUUUAACAGGAGAUUUUAUAAGCGAUUCAUGUCCCUGGCCGCCUGUGUGCCGUUUUUUGGAAAGACCAUUUUCUUUUCAAACUUGAAGGACGAAUCCGGAGACAGCGAUCAAGAGGAUGAUGAAAAAAAUACCUUUGCCUCGGAUUAUGAUCCAGAAGAAGGAUUUCUUCCAUUAAAUAUCCAAGAAAAAAAGGAUAUCGACGACAUUGAUCCCGUUUGGACCCGAUCAAUAGAGCCCUCCUGUAAAAGAGCCGUUCCUACCUUUCGAUUUGUAAACAUGUCACCCCCCAGUAAAGCAAAUUCGUGCAAAGCUGCCUCUUCUGAAGCAUCUUUGGAUGAGAACAAUUUGAGCAGUCAAAUGUCAACACCUCCUCUUUCCCAGGCAUCUGUUGUGGAUGCUUGUGAUCUAUCACACAGUGCCUUUUUCGAGUCUGAUGAAUCUGCCGAUUUAAAUACUGACGGUGCUGCCGAAACCGGCAAUUUAACAUCUGUCGAGAGCUCUUCAUCUGUUGUAUUGUCGCCACCAAAAAAAAUCAAGUUUGUAGACACAUAG